GGGGGAGGAGACGGCACGGGGCGGCGCUGCGCGUUCUCGAGCGGCGGCCCAACUUUUCCCCCCCCCCCAUUUCCUCCCGGGGGUGAAGUUCCUGGAUUAGGGGGUGAAGACACGCGGAGACGGGCGCAGAGCCGAGUUCCUGGAAGGAGAGGAGCGCGCGGGUCCCCACAGCAUGGCCUGCUCGGGCACCUCGUCCCCUGUGGGCAUGGGGAGCCCUGAUCCUGAGCAGGGUGACUUUGGAUCCUGUAACUCACGAAGCUCUCAAAAGUCUGAUGCCAACGCGAGUUACUUGAGAGCAGCUCGAGCGGGACACUUGGAAAAGGCCCUCGACUACAUCAAAAAUGGAGUGGACAUCAACAUCUGCAACCAGAAUGGGUUGAACGCACUCCAUCUUGCUUCCAAAGAAGGCCAUGUGGAAGUGGUCUCUGAGCUGCUACAGAGGGAAGCCAACGUUGAUGCGGCCACAAAGAAAGGAAACACGGCCUUACACAUCGCAUCUUUGGCUGGGCAAGCGGAGGUGGUCAAGGUCUUGGUUACGAAUGGAGCGAACGUCAAUGCACAAUCUCAGAAUGGGUUCACGCCGUUGUAUAUGGCGGCCCAGGAGAACCACCUGGAAGUUGUCAGGUUUCUUCUGGACAAUGGUGCCAGCCAGAGCUUGGCCACAGAGGAUGGCUUCACGCCGUUGGCUGUGGCUCUGCAGCAAGGCCAUGACCAGGUUGUGUCACUCCUGCUCGAAAACGACACGAAGGGGAAGGUGCGUCUCCCAGCCCUCCACAUCGCGGCCCGCAAAGACGACACAAAAGCAGCCGCUCUGCUCCUGCAGAACGACAACAAUGCGGACGUGGAGUCGAAGAGUGGCUUCACCCCGCUCCACAUAGCUGCUCACUACGGGAAUAUCAAUGUGGCCACGUUGCUGUUAAACCGAGCGGCUGCCGUGGACUUCACCGCACGGAAUGACAUCACUCCUCUACACGUCGCCUCGAAACGAGGAAAUGCAAACAUGGUGAAGCUAUUGCUCGACCGGGGUGCGAAGAUUGAUGCCAAGACCAGGGAUGGUCUGACACCGCUGCACUGUGGGGCAAGAAGUGGCCAUGAGCAGGUGGUAGAGAUGUUGCUUGACAGAGCCGCACCCAUCCUUUCAAAAACCAAGAACGGACUGUCUCCCUUACACAUGGCCACUCAAGGAGACCACUUAAACUGCGUCCAGCUCCUCCUGCAGCACAACGUGCCCGUGGACGAUGUCACCAAUGACUACCUGACUGCCCUCCACGUGGCAGCCCACUGCGGCCAUUACAAAGUUGCCAAGGUUCUUUUGGAUAAGAAAGCUAACCCCAAUGCCAAAGCCCUGAACGGCUUCACCCCUCUCCAUAUUGCCUGCAAAAAGAACCGCAUCCGAGUAAUGGAACUCCUUUUGAAGCACGGUGCAUCCAUACAAGCCGUAACCGAGUCGGGCCUUACCCCAAUCCAUGUUGCUGCCUUCAUGGGACAUGUGAAUAUUGUGUCACAGCUAAUGCAUCAUGGAGCCUCCCCAAACACCACCAAUGUGAGAGGAGAAACAGCAUUGCAUAUGGCAGCUCGGUCAGGCCAAGCAGAAGUGGUGCGGUAUCUGGUACAAGACGGCGCUCAGGUAGAAGCAAAAGCUAAGGAUGACCAGACCCCGCUCCACAUCUCAGCCCGGCUGGGGAAGGCGGAUAUAGUGCAGCAACUGUUGCAGCAAGGAGCGUCGCCCAAUGCUGCAACCACCUCUGGGUACACCCCGCUUCACCUUUCGGCCCGAGAGGGGCAUGAGGACGUCGCUGCGUUCCUUCUGGACCACGGAGCAUCCUUAUCCAUCACAACAAAGAAGGGAUUCACUCCUCUCCACGUGGCUGCGAAAUACGGAAAGCUCGAAGUAGCGAAUCUCCUGCUGCAGAAGAGCGCCUCUCCGGAUGCUGCUGGGAAGAGCGGGCUAACUCCACUGCACGUAGCGGCACAUUACGAUAACCAGAAAGUGGCCCUUCUGCUUUUGGACCAGGGAGCCUCACCUCACGCAGCCGCAAAGAAUGGUUAUACACCACUGCACAUUGCGGCCAAGAAGAACCAGAUGGACAUAGCGACUUCUCUGCUGGAGUAUGGUGCUGAUGCGAAUGCGGUUACCCGGCAAGGGAUUGCUUCCGUCCAUCUCGCAGCUCAGGAAGGGCACGUGGACAUGGUAUCGCUGCUCCUCAGUAGAAACGCGAACGUGAACCUGAGCAAUAAGAGUGGCCUCACCCCACUCCAUCUGGCUGCUCAAGAAGACAGAGUGAAUGUGGCUGAAGUCCUCGUCAACCAAGGGGCCCACGUGGAUGCACAGACCAAGAUGGGCUACACGCCACUCCAUGUGGGCUGUCACUAUGGAAACAUCAAAAUAGUCAAUUUUCUGCUGCAGCAUUCCGCAAAAGUUAAUGCCAAAACAAAGAAUGGAUACACACCCUUGCACCAGGCAGCUCAGCAGGGCCACACGCAUAUCAUCAACGUCUUGCUUCAGAACAACGCCUCCCCCAAUGAACUCACUGUGAAUGGAAACACAGCCCUGGCCAUCGCCCGGCGCCUCGGCUACAUCUCAGUGGUCGACACACUGAAGAUUGUGACAGAAGAGACGAUAACCACCACCACCAUCACUGAGAAACACAAAAUGAACGUUCCAGAAACGAUGAAUGAAGUUCUCGAUAUGUCAGACGAUGAAGUUCGUAAAGCCAACGCCCCCGAAAAGCUCAGUGACGGGGAAUAUAUCUCAGAUGUUGAAGAAGGUGAAGAUGCCAUCACGGGGGACACUGACAAGUAUCUUGGGCCACAAGACCUUAAGGAACUGGGCGAUGACUCCCUGCCAGCGGAGGGUUAUGUGGGCUUCAGUCUCGGAGCCCGGUCUGCCAGCCUCCGCUCCUUCAGUUCGGAUAGGUCAUACACCUUGAACCGAAGCUCCUACGCGCGGGACAGCAUGGUGAUCGAGGAACUUCUCGUGCCAUCCAAAGAGCAGCACCUAACAUUCACAAGGGAGUUUGAUUCAGAUUCUCUCAGACACUACAGCUGGGCUGCAGACACCUUAGACAAUGUCAACCUGGUCUCAAGCCCCGUGCAUUCCGGGUUUCUCGUUAGCUUUAUGGUGGACGCGAGAGGGGGCUCCAUGCGAGGAAGCCGCCACCAUGGGAUGCGGAUCAUCAUCCCCCCACGCAAGUGUACAGCCCCCACCCGCAUCACCUGCCGCCUGGUAAAGAGACAUAAACUGGCCAACCCACCCCCCAUGGUGGAAGGAGAGGGAUUAGCCAGUAGGCUGGUAGAAAUGGGUCCUGCGGGGGCACAAUUUUUAGGCCCUGUCAUAGUGGAAAUCCCUCAUUUUGGGUCCAUGAGAGGAAAGGAGAGGGAACUCAUUGUUCUCCGGAGUGAGAAUGGGGAGACCUGGAAGGAGCACCAGUUUGACAGCAAAAACGAAGACCUCACCGAGCUACUGAACGGCAUGGAUGAAGAGCUUGACAGCCCAGAAGAGUUGGGGACGAAGCGGAUCUGCAGGAUCAUCACCAAGGAUUUCCCCCAGUAUUUCGCAGUAGUUUCCCGGAUUAAGCAGGAAAGCAACCAGAUUGGUCCAGAAGGCGGGAUUCUGAGCAGCACUACCGUCCCCCUGGUCCAGGCGUCUUUCCCAGAGGGUGCCUUAACCAAAAGGAUCCGAGUGGGUCUCCAGGCUCAGCCUGUUCCAGAGGAGAUUGUGAAGAAGACCCUUGGAAACAAGGCGACAUUUAGCCCGAUUGUCACUGUGGAACCAAGGAGGAGGAAAUUCCAUAAGCCGAUCACCAUGACCAUUCCGGUGCCCCCACCCUCAGGAGAAGGCGUGUCCAACGGGUACAAGGGAGACACCACGCCCAACCUUCGUCUCCUCUGCAGCAUUACAGGGGGCACCUCGCCCGCUCAGUGGGAGGACAUCACAGGAACCACGCCUCUGACCUUCAUAAAGGACUGUGUCUCCUUCACUACCAAUGUUUCGGCCAGGUUUUGGCUUGCAGACUGCCACCAGGUUUUAGAAACCGUAGGGCUAGCCUCGCAACUGUACAGGGAGUUGAUAUGUGUCCCUUACAUGGCCAAGUUUGUUGUUUUUGCCAAAACGAAUGACCCAGUAGAGUCCUGCCUGCGGUGCUUCUGCAUGACGGACGACAGGGUGGACAAGACCCUCGAGCAGCAGGAGAAUUUCGAGGAGGUUGCCAGGAGCAAAGACAUUGAGGUUCUGGAAGGAAAGCCCAUAUUCGUUGAUUGCUAUGGAAACCUGGCCCCUCUUACCAAAGGAGCUCAGCAGCUUGUUUUUAACUUCUAUUCUUUCAAAGAAAACAGACUACCAUUCUCCAUCAAGGUUAGAGACACCAGCCAAGAGCCCUGCGGCCGUCUGUCUUUCCUGAAAGAGCCGAAGACAACAAAGGGAUUACCCCAAACAGCUGUUUGCAACUUAAAUAUUACUCUACCCGCACAUAAAAAGGCUGAGAAAGUGGACAGACGGCAAAGCUUUGCGUCCCUAGCUUUACGUAAGCGCUACAGCUACUUGACUGAGCCUGGCCUGAUUGAACGGAGUUCAGGAACAGCAAGAUCCCUCCCCACCACUUGCUCAUACAAGCCAUUCUUUUCUACAAGACCAUACCAGUCCUGGACCACAGCUCCAAGCACGGUACCCGGGCCGGCCAAGUCAGGCUUCGCCUCCUUAUCCAGCUCUUCCUCUAACACACCAUCAGCUUCUCCGUUAAAAUCCAUAUGGUCUGUUUCGACUCCUUCUCCAAUCAAAUCCACACUAGGCGCAUCAACGACAUCUUCAGUCAAAUCCAUUAGUGACGUGGCAUCUCCUAUUAGAUCUUUCCGGACAAUGUCUUCGCCAAUAAAAACGGUGGCGUCGCCAUCUCCCUACAAUAUCCAGGUUGCCUCUGGUACCCUGGGGAGAGCUCCCACAGUCACCGAGGCCACACCCUUAAAGGGGCUGGCGCCCAACUCAACCUUUUCCUCUCGAACUUCUCCUGUGACGACCGCAGGGUCUCUUUUGGAGAGGUCAUCCAUUACUAUGACACCCCCUGCCUCCCCCAAAUCAAACAUUACUAUGUAUUCCUCAAGCUUGCCAUUUAAGUCCAUUAUCACAUCCGCAGCGCCACUGAUCUCUUCCCCUUUAAAGUCAGUGGUGUCUCCAACUAAGUCAGCAGCUGAUGUCCUCUCGUCAGCUAAAGCUACAAUGGCAUCAUCUCUCUCCUCCCCCUUAAAGCAGAUGUCUGGACACGCAGAGGUAGCGCUAGUCAAUGGGUCCGUGUCUCCUCUGAAGUAUCCUUCAUCUUCAGCUUUAAUUAACGGAUGCAAAGCCACUGCCACGUUACAGGACAGAAUUUCUACAGCCACAAACGCCGCGAGCUCGGUGGCCAGCACGGCCACUGACGCGGUGGAGAAAGCGCCCUCUACCACAGCAGCCAUGCCCUUUUCCUCACUCAGGUCGUACGUCUCUGCAGCGCCCUCGGCUUUUCAGUCUCUGAGAACUUCCUCCGCAAGUGCACUCUACGCCUCCCUCGGGUCUUCAAUCUCUGCUACUACCUCAUCCGUGACGUCGUCAAUAAUCACAGUGCCAGUAUACUCGGUAGUCAAUGUUUUGUCGGAACCAGCACUGAAGAAACUUCCAGACUCUAAUUCGCUCACAAAAUCGGCAGCGGCUCUGCUGUCACCCGUUAAAACAUUGACUACGGAGACGCGCCCUCAACCCCACUUCACUCGAACGUCAUCCCCCGUUAAGUCAUCUCUGUUCCUCACGCCCUCUGCCCUUAAGCUGUCGGCGCCAUCUUCUUUAUCUUCCAGUCAGGAGAUCUUAAAGGACGUGGCUGAAAUGAAGGAGGACCUCAUGAGAAUGACCGCCAUCCUGCAGACGGAUGUGCCCGAGGAGAAGCCAUUCCAACCCGACCUUCCGAAAGAAGGGAGGAUAGAUGACGAAGAGCCUUUCAAAAUCGUCGAGAAAGUGAAGGAAGACUUGGUGAAAGUCAGUGAGAUCCUAAAAAAGGAUGUAUGUGUCGACAGCAAAGGGCCACCCAAAUCCCCAAAGAGUGACAAAGGACAUUCUCCAGAGGAUGACUGGAUAGAGUUUAGUUCUGAGGAAAUACAAGAAGCCAGGCAGGCUGCGGCCAGCCACACCCCACCUCUGCCUGAGAAAGUGCACGGGAAGGCCAACUUGACGAGAGUCAUUGACUACCUGACCAAUGACAUUGGGAGCAGUUCACUGACCAACUUAAAGUACAAGUUUGAAGAUGCCAAGAAGGACGGAGAGGAGAGACAGAAAAGGAUUUUAAAGCCAGCCAUGGCCUUGCAGGAGCACAAACUCAAAAUGCCCCCAGCCUCCAUGAGGCCUUCCACCUCCGAGAAGGAAUUGUGCAAGAUGGCUGACUCAUUUUUUGGCUCAGAUGCCAUCUUAGAAUCUCCUGAUGACUUUUCUCAACAUGACCAAGAUAAAAGUCCCUUAUCCGACAGUGGCUUUGAAACCAGGAGUGAGAAAACACCAUCAGCCCCACAAAGUGCAGAAAGCACGGGCCCUAAGCCACUUUUCCAUGAAGUCCCCAUCCCUCCCGUCAUCACAGAGACAAGGACUGAAGUGGUCCAUGUGAUUAGGAGCUAUGAACCCUCUACUGGGGAGAUCCCCCAGUCCCAGCCAGAGGACCCCGUGUCUCCCAAACCUUCACCUACAUUUAUGGAGUUGGAGCCAAAGCCUACCACCUCUAGCAUUAAGGAAAAAGUCAAAGCAUUUCAAAUGAAAGCCAGUAGCGAGGAAGAGGACCAUAGUCGGGUUUUAAGUAAAGGCAUGCGUGUCAAAGAAGAGACUCAUAUCACCACAACCACCAGGAUGGUGUAUCACUCCCCUCCGGGCAGUGAAUGUACCUCAGAACGAAUUGAGGAAACCAUGUCAGUCCACGACAUUAUGAAAGCCUUCCAGUCCGGGCGAGACCCUUCCAAAGAGCUGGCAGGGCUGUUUGAACACAAGUCGGCCAUGUCUCCAGACAUUCCCAAGUCUGCUGCUGAGAUCUCAGCCCAGCACGCAGAGAAGGACAGCCAAAUGAAACCCAAACUGGAGCGUAUAAUAGAAGUCCACAUCGAAAAAGGUAACCAAGCCGAACCCACUGGAGUCAUUAUUAGAGAGACCAAAAAGCAUCCAGAGAAGGAAGUAUCUGUGUGUCAGAAAGACUUGUCCCGGGGAAGUAUUAACUUAAAAGAUUUUCUGCCAGAGAAACACGAUGCUUUCCCUUGCCCCGAGGAGCAGGGUCCGCAAGACGAUGAAGAACUUGCAGCCGAAGAGUCCUUGCCUUCUUAUCUGGAAUCUUCCAGAGUAAAUACUCCAGUGUCCCAAGAAGAAGAUAGCCGCCCUAGUUCCGCACAGCUCCUAUCCGAUGAGUCGUAUAAAACACUGAAGCUUUUGAGUCAGCACUCCGUAGAAUACCAUGAUGACGAGCUGUCAGACCUAAGAGGGGAGUCGUACAGGUUUGCUGAGAAAAUGCUUCUGUCAGAGAAGCUAGAUGUUUCUCACUCUGAUACCGAGGAAUCGGUGACAGACCCUGCAGGACCCCCUAGCUCAGAGUUACAGAGGUCUGAUAAGCGCUCCAGAGAUAAAGUAGCCACUGCCCCCAAAAAAGAAAUCCUCUCCAAAAUCUAUAAAGAUGUGUCCGAAAAUGGGGUAGGGAGAGUGUCUAAAGACGAGCAUUUUGAUAAAAUGACAGUGUUGCACUAUGCGGGUAAUGUCAGUGGUCCAAAACAUGCCGUGUGGAUGCACUUGUCCGAGGACAGACUAGAGAGAGGUAGAGAGAAGUUGAUAUAUGAAGAUAGGGUGGACAGGACCGUGAAGGAGGCCGAAGAGAAACUGACUGAGGUGUCACAGUUUUUUCGUGACAAAACCGAGAAACUAAACGAUGAACUGCAGUCCCCGGAGAAAAAGCCACGCCCCCAAAAUGGCAAGGAAUACUCUUCCCAGAGUUCUACCAGCAGUAGUCCCGAGAAAGUGUUAACAGAGCUAUUGGCAUCCAAUGACGAGUGGGUUAAGGCCAGGCAGCGUGGCCCAGACGAACGAGGUGUCCCUCAGGCUGAGGAAAGGAAGACACCCAGUGGCUCCAGCAGCCCAGAGAAGAGGGUCCCUUCCCAACAGAGUGAGGAUGGCCAGCCUACAGAGGAAGCCAAAAGAACUGUCAGUGCUCAGAGUCGAGGACCAGAAGGGCCCCAGUCCGGAUUUCAGCUCAAACAAUCUAAACUCAGUUCCAUUCGAUUAAAAUUUGAGCAAGGCACACGCGCAAAAAGUAAGGACCCUUCUCAAGAAGAGAAAAAUCUGGACGGCCCAUCCCGAAUCCCAGUUAAGAAAACUCUAGAAAACAAGCUGCCCACACACCCAGGUUUUGCUAGAGAAAAACAGCAGAAGGCUGUAGACCCCUCCGAGGAGAGAGUGCCAGUGCAAAAUGAUGUCACAAUAUUCAAAACUGAGCAUGCCAAAAGCAACGACACUGUUGUGCACGAAUCUGGCUCCGAUGAUGCCAAAAGACACAGAACUGAGAUGUUAAGUAAGGCAAUGCCCGACUUCUUCCCCGAGCAGCAGGCUGAAGAAGACGCAGCCUGUCCCAUGACAUCAGACCUAGCGACCAAGGGACCUUGGGACAGAAAGGUCUUUAGAACAUGGGAAAGUUCUGGGGCCAAUAACAAUAAGGCUCAGAAAGAGAAACUUUCGCAUGUGCUUGUUCACGAUACCAGAGAGAGUCAUGCCGCUCGCCCGGGGGAGAGCGAGAAUGCCGACCCAAGGAAUGAAUUUAUGUGUGUGACUGAGAGAGAACACAAAUUGUUAACGAACGGCUCUCUCUCAGAAAUUAAGGAAAUGAGUGUAAAAUCUCCCUCCAAGAAAGUGUUAUACAGGGAGUAUAUUGUUAAAGAAGGGGACCGUCCCGGCGGCGCUCCCGACCAUCCUCCCAGGAGAAGCGAGAGCUCAGUGGUCUCUCACAUCCCCAUCAGGGUCGCAGACGAGAGGAAGAUGCCAUCUCCUAACAUGCCUGAUGGGUUUUGUGAGCAGUCAACAUUUCCAAAACAUGAACUCUCCCAAAAAGUAUCCCGGUCAAAUAUGAGCAAAGAGAUAGUUGAGAGCCAGCACUUUAAUUCCGUAGAGGAUGAAAAAGUUACCUAUUCCGAGAUCAGCAAAGUUUCCAAACAGAGUUACGUAGGCCUCUGCCCAGCUCUCGAUGAAACCGAGACCUCUCCCACCAGAUCUCCCGACUCAUUAGAGUUUAGCCCGGGAAAGGACUCUCCCUCUAGUGAUGUGUUCGACCACGGUUCCAUGGAGGGGUUGGAGAAGCUUGCUCCACUAGCCCAGACAGAGGGAGGGAAGGAGAUCAAAACCCUACCUGUUUAUGUUAGCUUCGUCCAAGUGGGGAAACAGUAUGAGAAGGAGCUCCAGCAAGGAGGGGUUAAAAAAAUCAUAAGUCAGGAAUGUAAGACGGUGCAGGAAGCCAGGGGAACCUUCUAUACAACCAGACAGCAAAAGCAGCCUCCUUCUCCCCAGGGCAGCCCAGAAGAUGAUACUCUAGAGCAAGUGUCCUUUCUAGACAGCUCUGGGAAGAGCCCUUUGACCCCAGAAACCCCCAGCUCAGAGGAAGUGAGUUACGAGUUCACGUCUAAGACGCCAGACUCCUUCUUAGCUUUUAUACCAGGUCAACCCAGCCCGAUCCCCGAGGUUUCUGAGGAGUCGGAGUCAGAGGAGCCCAAGUCAGCCCCCCUAAAGCAGGUGACCAUGGAACGGGAAACAGAGCGUGAUGUGAGCAAAGACUCUACCCCAAGACCCAAAUGUAACCGGGUCGCCUAUAUUGAGUUCCCCCCUCCUCCCCCUCUGGAUGCCGACCAGAUGGAAUCAGAUAAGAAACAUCAGUAUCUCCCUGAAAGGGAGGUUGACAUGAUUGAGGUCAACCUUCAGGAUGAGGGUGACAAGUACCAGCUGGCUGAACCCGUCAUCCGAGUGCAGCCCCCAUCACCGGUCCCUCCCGGCGCUGAAGCCAGCGACUCCAGCGAUGAUGAGUCCAUGUACCAACCGGUGCCGGUUAAAAAAUACACCUUCAAGUUAAAGGAAGUUGACGAAGGACAGAAAGACAUGGCCAAAUCCAAAACGGCUGCCACGAAGGCUUCCAGCCAGAAAGAGGUGGAGACUAAUGGGAGGGAGAACGAAUCUGGCCUUGACUCGCCUCAGAACGAAACGGCUCAGAAUGGAAACAAUGACCAGUCUGUCACUGAGUGUUCCAUCGCCACCACGGCUGAGUUUUCCCAUGACACGGACGCCACCGAGAUCGACUCUCUGGAUGGCUAUGACCUGCAAGAUGAGGACGAUGGCCUAACAGAGAGUGACUCUAAACUCCCCAGUCAGACCCUGGAUACCAAGAAGGACAUCUGGACGGAAGGCAUCCUGAAGCCUGCCGACCGCUCUUUCAGUCAGAGUAAACUGGAAGUUAUUGAGGAGGAGGGGAAAGUGGGGCUGGAUGAAGAGAAGCCAUCAUCUUCCAAAAGCUCUUCGUCUGACCAAACCCCAGAGAAGACCGAUCCCAAGUCAGGGGCCCAAUUUUUCACCCUGGAAGGGAGACAUCCAGACAGAUCUGUGUUUCCUGAUACUUACUUCAGUUACAAAGUUGAUGAAGAAUUCGCCACUCCUUUUAAAACGGUAGCGACCAAAGGUCUAGAUUUUGACCCUUGGCCCAAUAACCGAGGGGACAAUGAAGUUUUUGAUGGUAAAUCUCGGGAAGAUGACACUAAGCCAUUUGGCCUGGCGGUGGACGACCAAUCUCCGGCAACCACCCCUGACACAACGCCGGCCAGAACACCAACCGAUGAAAGUACCCCAACUAGUGAGCCUAACCCCUUCCCAUUUCAUGAAGGAAAAAUGUUUGAGAUGACCCGCAGUGGUGCAAUUGACAUGAGCAAGAGAGAUUUUGUGGAAGAGAGGCUCCAAUUUUUCCAGAUUGGUGAGCAUACUCCUGAAGGGAAGUCAGGGGCCCAGGGGGAAGGGGAUAGCAGUAUGGUCACUGACACCCCACAGCCACAGUCAGGGGACACCUCGGUAGACACCAAUCUAGAAAGAGAUGUAGAGGCACCUACAGUCGAAUCGACCAACGGAGAGUGUCAGGAAGGCACAGCCUGUAGUGGGUCUCUGGAGAAGUCAGCCGCCGCUGCUAACACCUCAAAAGCUGACCCCAAGUCACGCACGCCUAUAAAAAUGGGAAUUUCUGCAUCUACCAUGACCAUGAAGAAAGAAGGCUCUGGAGAAGUGACAGAUAAGCUAGAGGCUGUGGUGACCAAUUGUCAGGGGUCAGAAAACGAAACGAUGGCAGUUAUCUCAAGUACACCCCAUAGCCAGGUGGGCGAUAGGCCCCAAGAGAAACACGAUUUCCAAAAAGAUAACUUCAAUAACAACAAUAACCUGGAUUCUUCCACUGUACAGACAGAUAACACCACAAAUCACGUAGUUCUGACAGGACGGGCUGCCCCCACUCGUACCACAGAGAAAGCUAAUCCAGUGAAAGUCUCAGGAAAGAGUCCAGGGAUCCAAGGACACUGCACCAGAGAUUCGCGGAAGGAACCAGUAGGGGCUAGGCGGAAAUCCAAGCUUCCCAUAAAGGCCACUGCACCAAAAGAUGUCUUCCUGCCAAACCAUAAGCCAGACAGUAAAGCAGGUAAACUGAGGCAGGUUGGUCCAUCUGAAAAAAACAAAACCCUUCCUCCUUCUUCAUGUGUAGAUGUCAAGUCCCGAAUUCCAGUCAAAAACACACACAGGGAGAACCUAGUUUCAGUCAGAAAAGCAUGUGCCACACAAAAGCGAGGGCAGCCAGAAAAAGACAAGGCCAAACUGCCUCCAUCCAAGUUGCCAGUAAAGGUAAGAUCCACCUGUGUCACCGCCACCACCACCAACACCACCACCACCACCGUUAAAGUUAGAGAAAGUCAGCAUAAGGCGGUAUGUAAACAUCCCAUUGAAUAUUUUAAGGGAAUUAGUGGUGAGACCCUAAAACUUGUGGACCGCCUCACUGAAGAGGACAAAAAGAUGCAGUCGGAGUUGUCCGAUGAGGAAGAGAGUACCUCAAGAACCACGUCGUUGUCCGAGACUUCCCGGGGUGGCCAGUCUUCAGUUACCACGAAGUCCGCUAGAGAUAAGAGAACAGAGGCAACACCUUUAAAAUCAAAGAGUGGAAAGGCCGGCAGUAGGAGGACUGGUCCACAGAGUCCUUGUGAGCGGACAGAUAUCAGGAUGGCAAUAGUAGCCGAUCACCUGGGACUUAGUUGGACAGAGCUGGCAAGGGAACUGAAUUUUUCAGUGGAUGAAAUCAAUCAGAUACGUGUGGAAAAUCCCAAUUCUUUAAUUUCUCAAAGCUUCAUGCUCUUAAAAAAGUGGGUUACCAGAGACGGAAAGAAUGCCACAACUGAUGCCUUAACUUCAGUCUUGACCAAAAUUAACCGAAUAGACAUAGUGACCCUGCUAGAAGGACCGAUUUUUGAUUACGGGAAUAUUUCAGGCACCAGAAGCUUUGCAGAUGAAAACAAUGUUUUCCAUGACCCAGUCGAUGGUUGGCAGAACGAGACGUCGAGUGGAAGCCUAGAGUCCCCAGGCCAAGCCCAAAGAGUAACUGGUGGGUUACUAGACCGCCUGGACGACAGCUCUGAUCAGGUUCGAGAUUCCAUUACCUCAUAUCUCAAAGGAGAACCUGGGAAAUUUGAAGCAAACGGAAGCCAUGCAGAAGUCACUCCAGAAGCAAAGGCAAAGUCCUACUUCCCGGAAUCCCAAAAUGACAUAGGGAAACAGAGCAUUAAGGAGAAUCUGAAACCAAAAAUACACGGAUCUGGUCGCACUGAGGAGCCAGCGUCACCCCGCGCAGCCUAUCAGAAAUCUCUGGAAGAAACCAGCAAGUUUGUCAUGGAGGAUGCACCUAAGCCCUGUGUGCCUGUCAGCAUGAAAAAGAUGACUAGGACUUCUGCUGAUGGCAAAGCCAGGCUCAACCUCCACGAAGACGAGGGGUCCAGCGGAUCGGAGCCUAAGCAGGGAGAAGGCUAUAAACUGAAGACGAAGAAAGAAAUUCGGAACGUGGAAAAAAAGACCCACUAGGGACAGUGACGUCGCUCCAGGACCACGUGUUCAUACUGCCCAGUAUUGAGAAAUCUACCAGAGAGCAGCCGGAAGGACAAUAUUUACCAAGAAGAGUGUGUGGGUCUGCCGCCGCCACACACCAGUGACCUGAGUUUUUCUUUAACGCAAAAGGAAAAAUAAGAAAAAGAAAAUAACUCACAUUUUUUUUAAUUUAGCAUGAGCCAAUUUACAGAGCAUGGAAACUCACUCCCACUCCUAGGAUCGACACACGUGCACCGAGCAAUGCAGUCUAAGGUACAAGAAGCCAUGUUGUUCAGACUUGAUCUCAAGUAACUUGGUGUCAUAUUUCAAAGAAAAAAUAAUAAUAAAAGAAGGAAAGAGAAGAAAACUGUGCGCCGGGAGGGACAGAAGAGGGAAGGAUCAACUCAAGAAGAAACUCUACAGUUACUAAAUCCACAACAGCUCGCCUUAUUUUUCUUGGACCCAAACUGUCAGGGUAUAAACACUGUUUGUUUCUUUUUUUAAAGAAAAAAAAAUUAAAAAAAAAAUCAAUAGUUUUGCUGUAAAUAAUAACACUGUAAAUUCUAACAACAACAAAAAUAGAAUAAAUGGUGAUAGGCACCUGCCUCCUAGAACACAGACAAGAUAGCCCAGCCGCAUCUAACCGUGGGAGUUCCAAGUGACUUCACCCUGGACACUGAGGAGCUUCUGGGCUGUGCGGGGGACUCUUCGCUGAUUCUUGUAUAUUAGCAAUGAUAAUGUUUGUACACGCAAAACUGCUAGCUUGAUUUUAAAAAGAAAAUGCAAAUCUUUAACAAAAAAAAAACCUGCUGCAAAUUUAAAUAAUUCCCCAAAUGAGGAAUUCUGUAGGUCUGUGAAAAAAAAUUUUUUUUCUUCAGAAUACUAAUAUUUUGAUGCAUGCAUAUCACCUUAUUUUGAUUAAACCUUUUCCAAUUUUGCAAACACUACAGUCUCCUGCAACACAGGAGAUUUUAUCUGUAAACACAAAGCCCUUCACCUAAUAUUUGUUGCUAUUGCCAACUUUUUCAAUGAAAUGACCAAAAAUGGAAAAAAAAAAUCCCACAAAACUAUACAGUAGUUGCUUGGGGGUGGGAUGGGGGAGGGCCGUUAGUGCUUACAGGGGGAAAUGGCUUGCCACUGUACAGGUGGAUGGUGCUCACAAGAGGCCCCGGUCAUGGGUAUUUAAAAAUGGACUGACCAGAAACCCGUAUCUAGGAGAAUGGCAGCACACUGUAAAAAAAAAUAGAAAAGAAAAAAAAAUCACUGUUCUUGUGUACUGGCUCUGAGAUGUAGACCCCUUCCAGUAAGCCGAUCACUUGUAACCACCGUAGCAGUGCCGUAGGUUAGUAAGGCUGCGUCUUAUAGAGCAUCUUCCUCUGGGUUUCAGUGAGGUUCCUUCAUCCACUACCUUCACUUGAAAUCGGCCCCCAUGGACACCUAGCUCUAGAUGACAUGUAUGGGAGAAGCAGACGCUGGAUAACCUAGUCAAUUAUUUAAGCAUAAAAAUAAAUUGUGUUCAACUCUUCACCUA